GAAACUGAUGCUUCCACAGCCCCCAACUUUACGCAGGCAGGAGUGAAGAAUAUGGAAGCUGUGUCUAUGAGUUGGACGAAAUGGAGUCUAAUUGCAGCUUAUACUAGCAUCUUCCUCAUGGCGUUCACAACCUCGCUUGAAGGUCAAGUCGUGCAAUCACUCUCAGUUUUUGCUACGAGUUCCUUCAACAAUCACUCUUUGAUCUCGACUGUGUAUGUAAUACAAGGAGUAGUAAAUGCUGUCAUCAAGCCGCCAAUGGCGAAAGUUGCCGAUGUAUUCGGCCGUCUAGAAGCUUUCUCUUUCAGUAUAUUUCUGUACGUGAUUGGAUACAUUCAAAUGGCAACAUCUUCCAAUGUCCAAACAUACGCCGCAGCUCAGAUAUUUUACUCGGCAGGAAACACUGGCCUGCAGAUUCUGCAGCAAAUCUUCGUUGCUGAUACAAGUGACCUACUGAACCGAGCUCUGUGGUCAAGCAUGCCAGAUACUCCCUUCUUGGUUACGGUCUGGAUUGGAUCGAUCAUCGGAAAUUCCAUCCAUAAGAAUACAACCUGGAGAUGGGGUUACGGGAUGUGGUGCAUCAUUCUCCCGGUCAUGUUCUUACCGCUGGCAUUGACGUUGUUCCUAAACAACAGAAAGGCCAAGAAAUCAGGAUUGACAGCACCCUCACAAUGGAAAAGACUUAGCUUCACUCAAGUGCUGAAGACGCUCUGGUCUGAGAUUGACGUCGGCGGAAUUGUCCUCUUAAGUGCCGGGUUCGCACUGAUUUUGAUCCCACUCACGAUUGCCGCAAAAGCAUCAGAUGGAUGGAAAAGCGGAAGCAUCAUCACAAUGAUAGUAAUCGGAUUCAUCUGUCUCAUCAUAUUCCCAUUUUGGGAAUCAAACAAAUGUCUCGCCCCGCGACCCCUCAUCCCCCUCAACCUUCUCAGGUCCCGGACUUUCUGCUCAGGCUGUGGAGUUGGGUUUUUCUAUUUCAUGGUCUUCUACCUCUCAGUCCAGCCCUACUUUUACUCCUACCUCCUGGUCGUGCAAAACGAAUCAAUCACCGCAGCCGGCCACGUCACGCAAACCUUCUCCUUCACCUCAACAGUGGCAUCCAUCCUCAUCUCCUUCAUAAUAAAGUACACUCAAGUCUACAAACCAUAUAUCUUCGCCGGCACACUCAUCUACAUCCUCGGCAUCGGGCUGAUGAUCAAAUACCGUACGCAAGGCGUCUCUGUCGCCCAAACCGUCGGAACGCAAAUCUGCCUCGGUAUCGGAGGAGGGAUGCUCAAUGUUCCUGCCCAGCUCGGAGUCCAGGCCUCGACAGAUCACCAACAUGUAGCAGUCACUACCGCCGUAUAUCUCACGGCGGUCGAAAUCGGCGGAGCAGUAGGUUCUGCGAUUUCUGGCGCGAUCUGGGGCCGCAAUAUCCCUGCUAAGCUGAGAGAGUAUUUACCAGCAGCAGCGAAGGGGGAUGCGAUAGCGAUAUAUAAUAGUAUUGAUACGGCGAGGGGGUAUGGGUUGGGGAGUCCUGAGAGAGUGGCGGUUGAUAGGGCGUAUCAGGAGACGAUGAGGAUUUUGCUGGUUGUUGCUAUUUGUGUUGCGGUGCCGUUGUUGCCGCUGAGUUUGCUGAUGGAGAAUUAUAGGUUGGAUGGUAUGGGGCAGGGUGUUAAGGGGCGGGUUAUUGGAGGGAGAGUUGAG